ACGAUCGAUAGCGAUCUACUUGUCUCAUCGUCAUUGAAAUUCAGAUAACGCUCACGGUAUCAGAAAAUUUUCCAUUCCUUUAAUCCUUUCUGCCAUUUUCAUGGAGUGGCAGCAGUAUUCCGAUGACAUCCUUUAUGCAUGUUGCAGGUUUAUAACUUGGAGACAUGUAUAAGAUCUGUUAAUAUAUUAAUAAAAUAUGAAGGCAGCGCCACAUGAGUCUACACAAGAAAAUUAUUUUUAUGGCCUCAGGCGCAAUAUAUUAAAGAGAUGAUAAUUUCUUCCAUCUAGAGAGAAAGAAAUCGUAUAUUUUCGUAACGACGAGAAAAAUGGCUAAUCACGAGAGCACUCUAUCGAUAUCUUUAUUGUCAAACGCAAAUCAGCAUGCGGAGGCGGAAGAUGAACCAAUAGAUAAUUUGUAUCUUGCGCUGAUACAAUGCUUUGGUAUCAUACUGUGUGGCUAUAUAGCGGGAAGAUUCAAUGUGAUAACAAGGUCUGAAGCAAAUGGUCUGAAUACCUUCGUCGGCACUUUCGCUCUGCCAUCCUUAAUCUUCAUGUCUUUGGCGAAGCUGGACUUUACCUUAGUUAACUGGAAAUUUCUGCUUGCUGUGUUGCUUGCUAAAAGCUGCGUCUUUAUCGUAGUGCUUGCUGUUUCAUUAGUAAUUAAGAAGCCGUCGAAUCCUGGUCGAGCUGCCCUCUUCGCGAUAUUUACCACUCAGAGCAAUGAUUUUGCUAUCGGAUAUCCGAUGAUCGCUGCCCUAUAUGGAAAAACGCAUCCGGAAUACGCUGCGUAUCUGUACCUGAUGGCCCCUAUAUCACUGGCCAUCUUGAAUCCAAUUGGCUUUGUGCUGCUGGAGAUUGGCAAGCGACGUACGGAGGAGCAGAGAGACUGCAGGGAGAUGGUCUACUCGGUCGCCAAGGGUGUCCUACUGAAUCCAGUUCUGUUUAUGACGGUUUUGGGCAUCGUAGGCAAUCUGAUCUUCAGUCACAGUGUACCGCGCUUGCUCGCCUCGAUUCUCGACGUACUCGGUAACGCUUUCUCCGCCAGCGCGUUAUUCCUUCUCGGUUUAAUGAUGGUCGGGAAGGUGCACAAGCUGAAAGGUACGGCACUGGUUAUACCGGGUAUACUGAUCUCGGUGAAGCUGCUAGUCUUGCCCCUAGUCAUAAGAGAAUCCAUCAUUCUCCUGAACGCCGGUGACAACGUCACGGAGACGCGAGAUUUAAGCACGUACGGCUUCCUGUACGGCACCAUCCCAACGGCACCGGCGCUCUUUAUUUUUACCUUGCGAUAUAAUCUGGAGAUCGACCUGAUCGCAUCGGCGAUGGUAGCUUGUACGUUUCUCUCGGCUCCGCUUAUGUUCGUCUCUGCUAAAGUGAUCAAUGCGGUUUACACCGGAAUCACACCGGCUAAUUACGCGCGACAAUUGAAGAUCUUUUCCUUCGACACGAGCGUUGCAUCGGCGGCAGCUUGCGUAUGGCUGCUCAUGUGUUUCCUCGGGUUCGGACGGAAGAGGUAUAACCAGGUCACUCAUCGGUGCACUCUGUGUCUCAUAAUCGCACAGCUUACAGCAGCAAUAGGCGUGAUAAUCUGGUCAAAGCUCGAUCCAAGUGGCAAUCAGACAAUAUUAUGGUACGUUCAAUACAUUCUCAUAACUACUGGUGUAUACGCAAGCAGGAUAUGGACAGCUGCGAUCGCAGCAACAUUACUGUUUUUGAGUUCACGUUCGUUGUCCUUUGUUGAAAAUCUGCAGAAGUGGUUUUAUCCCGUCGGAUUCGGAGUGCCGCUUUUAAUGAUGGUAAUAACAUGCGUUACCGUCGCUCCAAAUCUGUCUGAUCUUGAUUACAAAAAUCCAAAUUUUCAAUUGGGCAGAACUCAAGCUGCCGUAUCAUCAUUUAUAUUAAUAUUCUGCUUUAUAGUGACGCUAGGUUGUUUGGUCUUGCAACAGAGAUAUCAAAGGAGACACACUGCAGUGUCAUACGAGCAUAUGGGGAACAACGUAGGAAGUUCUACGAUUGAAAGUAACGAAAGAAAUGUAGUAGAUGUGGAAGAUUUAGUCUCCCCGUUAAUUAAUGCACCAGUAAUCGGCUGUGAAUUUCAAAAUGGUUGUCCAAGUGGCGUGUGUAGAGCUGACGAAAGGAGUGAUGACUGUGAGGAGGAAAGCGGAACAAGUACAGAUGACGAUCCUCAGAUCCUGCGGCAUCUCGUUUUCUUGAUCUUGUUGCUGUGUUCCAUGUUCAUCGGUUUAUCGAUAUCCGUGGGAACGCUAAUCAUGGAACAAUUAACUGGCAUUUACGCCGAGCUUGCAUUCUUGGACGUAGCUUUGAAUUUUGGGCAAUCGUUAAUAGCAUUCGCUAUUUUUGGACUAGAUCCCAGCCUCGGCAAAUUGGGAUGUUGGCUGAGAAGAGUAUGCAGAAAAUUGCAUUCUGAUAAAGAAUUGCAGCUUCCUUGCGAGGACGCUCUUAGCUCAGAAGUAAGGGCGAUUCGAGAUCAGUUUAGUCGAUGCCACUUGGAUGCGUGUCGAACACGUAUAUCUAUGUGCCGCAGGCGAUUAUUAAGAGUGUACAGAGGUGUUUUCUCGGGAACGGAUUUGGUCAACUGGUUACUCGAAGCUGGAAUUGUAAACAGUCGUGAGGACGCCGUGCGGUAUGGUCGUUGCUUGUUGGAGAGCAGAGUUUUGCAACACGUGGAUGGUACGCAACACUUUCACGAUGAAAAUCUUCUGUACACGUUCAAUGCAUAAUUUCUAAAUUUCCGAACGUACAAGAGAUUCUUACAAGAGAAAAUUAGUCUCAUUUUUAUAAUUUAGACAUUUCUUAGUUUAUAUUUUUUAAAUAAUCUGUGAACAAAAAAAUGAAUAAUCAUGAAUAAUUUGAGAGUUACAACAAUAAUGUAUAUAUACAUUGACAUAUGAUAAUAAUUUUGAAUCAUUUGUGAGAAGAAAUAUAGAAUAAUAUAUUAGUUAAAUAAUUUAUUAAAUUAUUUAUAAUAUAUAGAAUAUAUCUUUCUUUGUGCAUAGCUUUAUGAAAGAUAUUCCUGUUAGAAUAUUAAGAAUAAUUUGCCUUUUUAAGAAUAUUUUACAAGAUCGUUUUUAUUUAUAAAAAAUACAUUUUUUGGUAUCCAUGUAAUGAACAAUUUAUAUAAUUUACAUUGCACAAUGUAGUAAUAUAUUCCUAUUAUUAUCAGUAUUAGAUUCGCUUUAGUUAUUUUACUUUAAUUCUGUAUAAAAUGAACGGCUGUGUUUAGUAUAUUACAUACUUGUGCUCUCAGAAAAUACUCCACGUAAGAAUUACAAAAUGGCCUAAUGCAAGGAAGCUCUAUAUAUUUUUAUACAAUAUACGAAAAACUAAGGUUUAAUUAGUAUGUCAUUAUGGUAAAUUCUGUUAUGAAUGUAAUGGUAAUUGAAAAAUGAAAGUAGUAAUUACGAUGCAACCAAAGAUGCUAAUAUCGAAAAUAUUUAAUUGAUAUUUGUAGUGUUAAUUACUUAAAUAUUCUAACUUUUUAUUUUGUCUUAAUAUUUGAAGUAUGCACAAACAAUUAAGUAAUUUAUAUUGCUGACUGCGAUGAAAACUACAUGCUCACUCAGUAUGAAGUAGUUAUAAUGUCCAAACAUUGUGCAAUGGCUAAAAUAUCUCAAAACUUUUGUUAUGUUAAAUUUGUUAUUGUAAGAACGUAAAUUUACUUAUUAUGCAUAAAUUAUUUAAUAAGUUUAUUUUACUUAAAAAUGUAAGAGUUUUAAUUAAUUUAAAAUUGAUCUAUAAAUUUAUUAUAUUUUACUUUUUAAAUUGAACGACAUUAGGAUCACUUAAAUAUUUAUAAAAAUAAACCUCUAUAUGUAAUACACAAUAAGUCGAUAAGUGAUAAAUACAUGACGAUUAUAUCAGAA